CUUAUCCGGAGGCCCACGCUGCUUUCUCUGCUCUGCUCGGCUCGGCUCCCCCACCCGCCGCCGCGCCAUGGCCGCCAUGGCGCCCUCCUCCUCCUCCCCCUCGCUCCCCGCCCGCCUCCCCCGCAGAGCGCACGCCCGCCUGCUAGGCCGCAAGGCCCCGCCCGCCUCCGCCCCGCGCCCGCUCCUCCUCUCGUUCCCCGGGCUCCGCGCUCCAGCCGCGCAGCAACGCUCCGCCGAGUGCCAGUUUGGCGAAGAUGACGGCGAGGAGGAGGAGGAGUACGGGUAUGACGGCGAGGAGGAUGAUGAUGAAGACGAGGUGGAGGAGGAGAUGGACGUGGAGGCCAUGGAGGAGGAGGCGCGCGGCGCCGCCGCCGACCUCGCCGAGCGCCUCGCCCGGGAGCUCCACAUCGAUGAUGAUGUCCGGGAGAAACGGAAAAACAUCAGGGAAUCCGUGUCUAAACAUAUCCCAGAUAGUCUUCUUCCAAAGGUGGCAAUUAUUGGGAGGCCAAAUGUUGGUAAAUCUGCAUUGUUCAACCGUCUUGUUGGGGGAAACAGGGCUAUCGUUGUUGAUGAACCUGGUGUGACAAGAGAUCGCUUGUAUGGACGAUCUUAUUGGGGUGAUCAGGAGUUCAUGGUUAUUGAUACUGGUGGGGUAAUUACUUUAUCAAAGUCUCAGGCGGGUGUCAUGGAAGAACUUGCUGUCACCACUACUGUUGGUAUGGACGGGAUUCCUCUCGCCACUAGAGAAGCUGCUAUUGCAAGGAUGCCAUCAAUGAUUGAAAAACAAGCAGUUGCAGCUGUUGAUGAAGCAGCCGUCAUACUAUUCGUCGUGGAUGGUCAGGCUGGUCUUGUGGCAGCUGAUAUAGAGAUUUCUGAUUGGUUACGACGCAACUACUCUGACAAGUGUGUUAUACUUGCUGUCAAUAAGUGUGAAUCUCCACGGAAAGGGCAAAUGCAAGCAUUAGAUUUUUGGUCACUAGGGUUUUCUCCCCUGCCAAUUUCUGCUAUUACUGGCACAGGAACCGGAGAUCUCCUUGAUCUGGUGUGUGCAGAGCUGAGAAAAUUUGAGGGAUUGGAUGGAGUUGAAGAAGAGAAAAAUAAGGUUCCUGCUAUUGCCAUUGUGGGAAGACCAAAUGUGGGGAAAAGUAGUAUUCUAAAUGCUUUGGUUGGAGAAGAUAGAACUAUCGUGAGCCCAGUUAGUGGGACAACACGUGAUGCUAUCGAUACUGAGUUUAGUACAGCAGAUGGAGAGAAGUACAAACUCAUUGACACUGCUGGGAUCCGACGCCGGGCAGCAGUUGUUUCUGCUGGCAGCACAACCGAAUCACUUUCGGUAAAACGUGCAUUUCGAGCAAUUCGCCGCUCUGAUGUGGUUGCCCUUGUUAUUGAAGCGAUGGCCUGUGUUACAGAGCAGGAUUAUAAAAUUGCAGAGAGGAUUGAGAAAGAAGGAAAGGCUUGUGUCAUUGUUGUGAAUAAAUGGGAUACAAUCCCAAACAAGAACCAUGAGAGUACGACACAUUAUGAGCAAGAUGUAAGAGAAAAGCUUCGCAUACUUGAUUGGGCACCUAUUGUCUACUGUUCUGCGACAAAUGGAACCAGUGUUGAAAAGAUAAUUUCUGCUGCUGCUUUGGUUGAGAAGGAAAGGUCUAGAAGACUCGGUACCUCUAUUCUUAAUCAAGUUGUCAGAGAAGCUAUAGCAUUCAAACCACCACCACGGACAAGAGGUGGCAAAAGAGGUCGUGUAUAUUACACAACACAGGCUGCCGUGGGUCCACCGACAUUUGUUCUAUUUGUGAAUGAUGCGAAGCUCUUUUCUGAUACAUACCGCCGUUACAUGGAAAAGAAACUCCGGUCAGAUGCUGGAUUUCCAGGCACCCCUAUUCGGUUACUAUGGCGCAGCAGGAGGCGGCCGGACAAACGAGGUAAAUCUGCAGAUAGUAAGUUGCAGAGCCCAGGAGCUCCUAGCAGAAUGGUUGUAGCUGCCUGAUCGAGCAACCUCCAUAGACUCCGUUCGGAUUUGAGUAUGUAGCCGUGGCUGAUGCAAUACACGCGGAGUGGAGUUUGAGAUUCAGAAAUGAACUUUUGCGACUUCGAACUGUCAGAGUGGGAGGAGAUGCCCUAGUGCUGAAGUUGCAGCGGAUGAUGAUGAGGAAGAUAGUAUUAUACGGAAGGAAACUAGUGGAAAAGAGUAUGGUGGACACAUCUGAUGCAGCACAAGGUCAUCACGGCCGAGGGUCCCAAAUCUUGAAAACGGAUGAUAGAUGGAUGGUGCGGUCAUGACAGGUUGCGUUGGAGAACGGCUUCGCCUUUGUUUAGGAGGUGGGGAUGCAAGAAGCUGUGUGGUGAGGGAGGGACAGGUUCGUUACAGCACGAAGCUGCGUGUUGUUUGUCUCCAUCUUUGUACCCGUGUGUUCUCGCUAAUGGGUCGCUUGGUCUCCUUUGUGUGUAACCAGCCGGGAGCUAAGAAGCUUGCUUUUUUUUUUUUUGAAAGCAAGAAGCUUGCUUUGGUUUCGGCUGGAUAUGCGUAUGUAGUCGACGUCAUCCGUGUUAUCUUUAUAGAAAAAAGGCAGAGAUCGAUCGAGUUGGGUGCUUUCAGUUGAGCCCACCCCAUGGGCGUUAGGCACGUCCGUGCCGGCCACACGCUACCAAGCUGGGAAUAUUAGACCAA